CCUACAUGCGUGAAAGAAAUCGCUCGUAAAACAACGAAUUUUGUCCAACUUUUUGCAAAACAUCUACAUACUGUAAGACCCUGGAACUGCGUAGUGGUAUGAGGCACCGAGUCGUAAUGCCAAACAAGACAUCAAUGCGGUGAUUGUUGAAUCUCGUAUUCAGGGUCCGUGGAGCCAGCCAACUGUGAGCACCUAAUGAUUUGACGUCUGACCACAUGGUGGGGAAUAACUGACCAGCUGACAGAUGUUCAUAAUCUAACCCUCAAAUGCAUUGGAAGACGCAGAUGACGCCUACCUGACGCAACAUUUUCUGGAUUUAAUUCACUGGCGAAAAAGUAUCGUUGCUACAGGUCUGAAGAUGAACUGCGAAAUUGAGUUGAAAAAAAAAGACUCCACUCAAUCCAAUCUUCAGGCAAUAACAAGCGCUGGUGUGUCGACCCUCCCUAUGACAAGUGUCAACUGUGAGGAGCUGCAUGCGAAUGAAACCAGCAAGGAGGGAUUUUUUGAAACUGAUGCCAAAGGUCUGGUUCGGAAUGACGCCAGUUCUUCAGAGUUUUCGAUACGUAGUGAAACAUUGAAGACAAAUUGUGAUGCAUUGCAAAGCACAGACUCAGAUUGCCAUUCUAAUCAGGCUCGAGAUAGAUGCGCUAAGAAGGCUCGCUCAAAAUCACACAAAAGGAAAGCAAAAUCUCUGAUACCCGGAUUGUCCAGAGACUGGGAAAGCAAUGAUUCGUGGACUUCUGAACAGGUACAGGAAGAUUGUACCUUGGUAGCUGAGGAAAUUGAAAAACGGAAGAAAAUUAAGAGUUUACAGCAAAAGAAUAGGAGGUUGAAAGUUCGACACAGUAGGUUAAAGGCUGCUAUCAAGGAAAUGAAAGCAACGAUGAAAGAUAAAAAUUAGGAUAAAUCAAGGAAUUGGAUAUCAAAGCGAUGUCUACCUACGAGAUGACAGUUGAUGCCGAGAAUAAACUCAUCAUCAUUGUACGUGUAUCAAGAACAGACUGUAUGGAAUUAGAAAACACAGAAAAAUAAACGACCUGUUAGAAAAA